AUGAUGACAUCCAGCUCUCCAACUUCUUUCGUUCUCGAUUGCUCUAAUGAGUCCAUCAACGGCUUGGAUCCAGAUUGUAUGCGAAUCCGGGAUCUCUUCGUGGCAAAGGAGGUCCUUGGAUCCAGCAUUACGGAAGACUGCGGCAUCCCCUACGACACUGAGAAUCCCUUCAAGCGCGUGAAGCGGGUCGAGUACAUUCAUGAUUCGCGUGAUGGGCUGUGGUAUCACUGCUGCGAGUAUCGCCCUCCGUAUGGCUCAUUCUCUCAUCGAACUCCCCCGCCGAAGUUGGAAGCGGAAGACAUCAGCCUGGGCAGCCUUGCGAUGAGCUUUGUCUCAGGCUUGUUCAGCAAGAAAAGCAAGACCGACUCGGACAAGCUUCCGGUGGGCUCCGCCCCCGAAGCAGAGGGCGACUUCAUGGAGAUGCCGCAGGGACCACUUUUGCAGUGCAACGCUUUCGAGAAUCUGAAGGUCGUGCAAAACAAGGAUAUCGGCACGCGAGAAAGCCUGGGAGACAUGCCGACCAGAUGCAUGGGUGAUGAAGCGGUGCUGCUUCGUCGCUUCACGGGUGGUACCAAACGGAAGGAACCACCGAGUCUCGAUCCAUCGCAGCUCCCCAAAGACACGGAGUGCGUCGACAUUGGCCCCAAAGGCACUCCGACUGUACUUGGGAAGAACUAUGCCGUGUUUAUGCUGCAUGCUCCGCCUGCCCUGCCGCCAAUGCUGCCACCGGCAUCGACGUGCAGCUCUUCAACUCGAUUCUCUGCAGUACGUGACAUGAGAUCGGGCCUGCACUUCUUGUAG